CAGCAGACUCCCUUGGUGUGCUCCAUAGCAUAGGGAAAUUAACUGUGUAACAACUAGCUUAUAUGACGCGUGUCAAAACACCCGAAUAAUCUUGGAAGGGAUACUGAAGACAUUUUCCUCAAAAAAGAAGUGAGUGUUGAAGAGCAGCUCGCACAAAACGAGAGACAGACUUCAACUUUUAACAGGUCUUAAAGGAAGGACGAGGACGAACAGAAGAAACAAGAGCAGAAGAAAGUGUGAGUGAGAGAACAAACAGAGGAAGUAGUAGAAGCGAGAAGUAUCAGCAGAUUUAUCAAUAGAAGUAAGGAAAAUCAGCAGUAGUAAUUAGUCAGAACAGCAGAGGCAGGACGGUAUGAACAGAAACCUGGCAGUCUCAGCAAAAGCCGGAAAGUAGCAGCAGAGGCCGGGCAGUAGCAGCAAAGGCUGGGUAACAGCAGCGGGAACAGAGAACGAGGAGGUGGGUGAGACAGGAUGCUGAACCUGGUGGAGACGAAGGUGAUGGUGUUGCUGACGAUGGCGAUCCUCUCCUUCGCCUUCUCCCUCUUGCCUUUACUCGUCCGCAAGGUCCUGGCCGGUCGCUUCCGAACCUCCUCCUCCCAGAACUUUAUGAGCGGGUGUUUGUGCUUCGGUGGCGGUGUGUUGAUGGCCACUGUGUUCCUCCACCUGUUGCCAGAAACCCGUGUCUACCUGCAGCUGGCCACCACCUCUGGCUUCCUCCCACAUGUGCCAUACCCGCUCUCGGAACUUAUCGUAUGUUGUGGCUUCUUCUUCAUGUACAUCUCUGAGGAAUUGGUGCAUUCAUGCCUUUAUCGUAAUGGUCACAGCCACUUACUAAUGCAUGGACACCAAGGCAUGGAAAUGAGCGAAGAAACUGAGACGACACGCAGGAAGAAGUUUACAUAUUCUAAAAAUGACGUAAAUAUUGAUGGAGAGAGUAUUGAAAAGAUGGCUCAGAAUAAGGGUUCUGCUGGUGAAGCGGGGGAGGUUGUGGACGCCUUGAAACCUGGAGAUGGAGGUUUUUCUGUGAUGCGUGCAGUCGUGGUGGUGAUGGCACUGUCUCUCCACAGUAUCAUGGAAGGUCUGGCACUUGGCCUCGUCCACACGCCAAUGGACGCGUGGCUGCUCUUUGCUGCUAUUUGCUCCCACAAAUUAAUUAUUGCCUUCUGUAUGGGAAUGGAAUUAUUGGAAGCUAAAGCUUCUCUGACGGCAUUCUUGCUUUCAAUGGUUAUAUUUUCAUUGGCAUCUCCCAUGGGCGGCAUUUUAGGGACAGUGGUGGUCUCCAUGAUGACGGGGAAGUCGGCCGCUGAAGUUAUCGUCCCUACUGUUCUUCAGGGACUCUCGGCAGGCACUAUCCUGUAUGUGACUUUUUGUGAAGUGCUGGAGAGGGAACGUGCCAAAUCCACUAAUAGCUAUGUCAAAAUGUUGACCUUAAUUAUAGGAUUCAUAUUCAUGGCGGCGUUGCAGGUGGUGGACAUGUUCGUGCCGGAUGAUCCAAUUACUGAAGCAACAAAUUCGCCCCCUGUCUACAUCUACCCCUCCCUCCCUCCACAUCGAGACUCAGUAUAAAUCAUGUGUAAAAUGAACACAACCAGUUCUCCCUGCUGUUUCAUUACUUACUUAAUCAAACUGUAGACACUCCUGUCAUUGUCAUUAAUACGCACUUGUGAAUUUCUCUACAGUCAAGCGAUUUCAGAUUUUAUUGCAUAGAGGAGCUACAUAUAGCGAAUCAUUAAGCACCAGAAGUAUUACUAGAUUAGUUCGGUGCAAAAAAAAAAUGAUAUAGGAAAAAGGUUAGUCGCCUCUUGUAAAAAAAUAAUCUGGAGAGAACUAAAUGGGAUUGCGAAUGCCGAAAAACCGACAGGGAUCAAAUAUGAAACUCUUCGCCUACCGGUUUCCGAACCUUCAUACGAACUAAUCUUGCCUAUGCUUCCCGUGCCUGAUCCUGUUUCUAACUGUUAUGCACCAAAGACAUCUAGAGAGUGUGCAGUGUAACGUGAUUCUCACUUGGAUUACGCAGUUCAGUUCUGGUCACCGUACUACAGAAUGGAUAUGGAAUCCCUAGAAAGAAUUUA